AUGAGAUCGUUCUUGAGCAAUGGUGGCAAGAUUGUUACUGCACACGAACCAAAUUAUCAUUGGGAUUUACAGAACGGUAGGCACUGGGUAGUGGCGAAAUACUUCUCUGGCUUAGCUUUAUCGCCGUUCAGUGGAGAAUGCGUAUGUAUAGAUUCCGAAACAGGUCAUGUGACGGCAAGCAUAGAAAUUCGUCCAAAAACCAACUAUGUUUGUGACAUUUCCAGCAUGCUCGAACGCCGCCGUGCGAAUCCUAUCAACGGCCCUUGGUGUUCGGUGGUUCUCCAUCCCGGCAGCACCUUGACCAUACGGUUCCCAACAGCGGAUGUCCAUUCGGCGUCUAACGAUGCAACUCAACUGCUGCCUACUGAUCAAUUCGAAGCUGAAUUCCUGCCGAAAGAUUUGACCACACUGCGGCAACUUAAAACAACGUAUGACGUUGAGCUUUACGAAGAAAUCUCGUACAACGAAGCACUUGUAGGCGACGCCCUCGAGAUGGAUGUUUCCCAAAUGGCCCAGGGUGAGGUAAAACUGAAGUACCAUGAGGGCAAACCUCUCGCGUUGAAGGGGGGUCACAACUCGUUUUUGUAUCAGUGGGGACUGAAAUCCACGAAUGAGGAUGUUCCAGAUAAGCUACGCGCCAUCGUCAAACUGUCCCUUGCGUUGACGCAUCACUACCACAUCAUUGGUAGUGACCGAGGUCUACGGAGUGUGUUUGGAUCAUCAGUGAGCAAACAGUAUAAUCCAACCAAAACCAUGGAAAGUGGAAUGGGGAAUGUUUAUGGAGGCGGAUAUGAUCUGAUAGGGGACAAUCGGAAGGCCAGUAUAUACUGCAGGACUGAUGAGGAGCUGUUGCCAAACGACUGCGAAUCUACAGCAUACGAUCUCCACGCAAACCGUAUUGUGCCAUUUCCAGGAACGGUCUAUAAUGUGACUCCAUACCCCAUUCGAGGAUUUCAGAUUUAUGACAUGGGCAUACAAAAAAGUCCUAUCAGUUAUGCUUGUGUCUGUGUUGACCAACGUGGAAAAGAAACAUCGAGGCUUGUUUUGGAGGCCAAUAAUGAAGUACAACAGACGUACAAAGUAAGGCGUAAAGAGACGUCUCACAGAUUACUCCCAUACAUAUCGUUGCCUUGGCGUAAGGUCGCAUUGAUACUUGAAGGACCCACAUCAACAAGAUUCAUUAUGCUGCAGCACACAUCAAAAAAAAUCGUUAAGCUACAGGUGGGCACAACGUUGUCCAUGACUUGUGCUUUUGAUCCCAACGUUCAGACGUCGGCAAGCAACGGGCUAAUAUCAACGACAUGGCUGCCGAAGAUUCCCAACGAAUUUCAUUAUACUGUAAUCCAUACACCACAUGGACGUGAACUUAUUCGGAGAUCGCACAAAGAUGCCAUUGUUGGUACGCCGAAUGCCUUAGAAGUAAGUUACCAAGGUAACACAACCAAAUCUGCAUAUAACCAAUUGAGGAUCACGUCAUCUAGAGGUGCCGUGCUCAUAUCCAAGGAUCCAGCCCACGCGCAUUAUGUGCCCAUGAGGUUUCUCUGCGGUAAGACGUCCGAAUCAUCAGGCAUGCCCAUCAUCACUGAUGACAAACCGACGUCAGACAUAUCUGCACCGUUCAUUCCCAAUACCAUAGAAUCGUCUACACGAUACACAUGGAAGAUCGUUAAAGUUGCUGUCGAGACCACGGACCCGUACAUGCAAGGCUGCGGCGUUACCCAAGUGUCAGCUGAAUUGUUCAAGCCGGAGACGCCACAACUCUACGACGCUGAAGGGCAGUCUCAGUUCGGUUGCACUAUUGACAUUCAGGCUGCUAAGGAAGCUGCGUUCUACUGCCCGGCGCCGUAUGUCCUGGACCCACCCAAUUGCUUCAGCCAGGUCUAUGUCGAUGGCGAAGUAAAGAGCAUGAGCGAACUCAGCAAAUCGUUAAUGGCAUCUCGAUCCAACCACUUCGUCAUUUUGCGUUUAUACAGUUCGCUCAUAGGACCCGAGGAGACACUGCACCAGACGCCGCCAUUGGAAUGCCGCUGCGUCACCAUCAAGGGUGUCGUUCUGUCGACCAUCCAGAUCGAGAACUAUUACACCAAGUGGUAA